AAAUUUGUAAUACUAGGAAUGCGAGAGAGAUAGAGAGGAAGGGACUGAAGAGCUAAGCAAGUUAGAUCUGAUAUACUGCUCUCCAUCUUCUAGAGGUCUGCACAAGGUUCAUACAGACAAAUUUCGACUUGCUCAAACUCAAUCUCGGUUGAAUUACCUACGCCAUGGAUGUAUUCAGGAAGCAGGCCAGCAAGAUCCGGGAACAAGUCGCCAAACAACAACAGUUCCAGGCUGUGAUAAAGCAGUUGAGUGGGACUGGAUAUGAAAGUUCUGAAGUUAUGGUCAUUGAUGAGGUUGAAAUGCAAACACAUCAGCAGUUAGACAAACUUUAUAAAUCCACUCGUUCAGGACGGGAUUUUCAAAAAGAUGUUAUCAAAGCAGCAGAAGCUCUUACAGCGGUUGGAUAUAAGCAUAUUGAGGCAGGAACAAAACUGUCAGAAGAUUGUUGCAGAUAUGGAAUUGAGAAUGUUGAUGACAAGAUUCUAGCUAAGGCUGCUUCUCUCUAUGGCGAUGCUCGUAAACAUGUGGAAACGGAGCAAGAAGAUUUCAAUAAGCUCUUAUUUUCUCAGGUUUUAGAACCUUUGAGAGCAAUGGCUGCUGGCUCUCCAUUGGAAGAUGCCCGCCACCUUGCUCAACGUUAUAGUCGAAUGAGGCAAGAAGCCGAGGCACAGGCUGCAGAAAUAUACAGACGACAAGCUCGGGUGAGAGAAGCUCCGAUUCCAGAAAACGUUGCUAAGCUGCACGUAGCUCAAGCUAGGAUGCAGGAAAUCAAGGCUAAUAUGGCGGUUUUGGGUAAGGAAGCUGCAUCUGCAUUAGCAGCAGUCGAAUCGCAACAACAAAGAUUAACAUUCCAGAGAUUCAUUGCAAUGGUGGAAGGAGAGAAAACUUAUCAUGAGAGAGUAGCCACAAUUCUUGGCAAUAUCGAAGCUGAGAUGGUAUCUGAGAAGCAAAGAAAAGAGUCUGCUCCUCCUGCAAUGCAAUCAACAAUCGGCCCAGAGAACAAAAAGUAUUUCUUAGCGGAGGCCAUGCAUGGAUUUGAGGCCUCAUCUGAUAAGGAGCUGAGUUUGAAUGAGGGUGAUUAUGUUGUUGUCAGAAAGGUGAGUACUUCUGGAUGGUCGGAAGGAGAGUGUAAAGGUAAAGCUGGAUGGUUUCCGACAACACAUGUGGAGAAACGUCAUCGCCUUCCCACCAGCACUUCACCUGAUCAUGCUGAGGUUUACUAAACUAAACAUGAUCAGUUUGAAUUUGUUCUCUCAGUUCGUUGGUUAGUUUGGCGAAAUAUCAGUUUGUUUUCCAUACGACGUUUAUUUGUAUUAUCUACUAGUACGAUGAACUAGUUCAAUGUAUUGAUUGUGUUUAUUUGUGCUCGAGAUCACUAUUAUAAUAAUAAUAUUUAUUAUUUGUA